GUCAAAAUCUGUUUUGGGUUGUAAUAUAGGCAUCCAUCCUGCCACUCCACUGUGUUUUCUCUAAAGAUAUAUAUAUAAUUUGUUUAUUUAUUUAAAGAAGAUAGGAGGAAAAUAGUUCCCUUGUGCGAGACAAGAGAGUCAGCAUCAUUAAAUUUGGUGUUAAGUUGGAUUUACUAGUGAUGCCGGCGUCAGCUUUUAAAUAGCUAAAGAAGGUUCUUGUGAUGUCGCCAAGUCCAGCAGAUUUGAAACAUUCUUGGUUUUGGAGUAGCACUCAUGGCUACUGCAGCAGGAGAUAGGUCCUUGAAGGAGACACCCACAUGGGCAGUUGCUCUUGUUUCUGCAAUUUUCGUUAUAAUUUCUGUUCUCAUUGAGCAAGCCAUUUAUUCUCUCGGAAAGUGGUUCCGGAAAAGGCAAAAGAAGGCAAUGACUGAGGCACUAGAGAAAAUUAAAGCUGAAUUGAUGCUACUAGGCUUCAUAUCUCUACUCAUUACAGUGGGCACAAAACCUGUGUCAAAAAUAUGUAUUUCUGCCGAAGCUGGAAGCACCAUGCUUCCAUGUAAGGGGCAGCCCAAGGAUUACAAAAACAAUGGGGGUAAUAGUGGGAGAAAGUUACUGUGGCACACUGGGGAUGUGAUAUGGCGUCGAGCCCUUGCUGUGGGAGGAGCCGAGGAUUAUUGUUCCAAGAAUGGGAAAGUACCAUUGGUUUCCCAGUCAGCGAUUCACCAAUUGCACAUUUUCAUAUUUGUGCUGGCUGUCUUCCAUAUUCUUUACAGUGUACUCACCAUUUAUCUAGCAAAGAUGAAGAAAUGGAAAGGAUGGGAGCUGGAGACAUCAUCCUUGGAAUAUCACUUCACUAAUGAUCCUUCAAGGUUCAGAUUGGCUCAUCAAACUUCCUUUGUCCGACGCCAUACUGGAUUUGCUACAGCUCCUGGACUGAGAUGGAUAAUAAGAUGCAAUCUAAAACUCUCUUUAGUGGCUUUUUUCAGACAGUUGUGUUAUUCUGUAACUAAGGUGGAUUAUUUGACCAUGAGGCAUGGAUUCAUAAAGGCUCAUUUUGCUCCCAACAGCAAAUUUAAUUUCCACAAGUAUAUCAAAAGAUCAAUGGAAGAUGAUUUCAAGGUGGUAGUUGUUAUCAGCAUACCGUUAUGGACAUGCGCCAUUGUUUUCCAGCUUCUCAAUGUGUAUGGAUGGUAUACACUUUCAUGGAUAUCAUUUGUACCACUAUACCUUGCCGACGUUCCCUUUUCAUCUUCCUUAUUCCUCUAUCUUCAUUUUCUUCUUCUUCUCUCUUUUUUUGACACUUUUCCAGCAUGUAGUCACCGACUCACAGCCUCCUCCGACGCCGGAGACCUCCCUAAAUCAGCCAAAGGUGGCUGCCCUCAAACCCCAAACCCUAAUAUUUUCUUCUCUUCUCAUUUUUUAAAUCUAACAAUUACAUUUAUAAUAAAAAUGGAUCACUGGAUUGAUGAGAAGUGUCUUAAUCCUAACACACUAGUUAUAUUUCUUAUAGUUGGUGCCAAGCUUGAAAUUAUAAUCAUGGAAAUGGCUCAGCAGAUUCAAGAUCGAGCCACUGUUGUAAAAGGAGCUCCUAUUGUAGAGCCUAGUAACAGCUUCUUCUGGUUCAAUCGCCCUGAUUUGAUUCUUUACUUGUUACACUUCACCUUGUUCCAGAAUGCAUUCCAGAUGGCUUACUUUCUAUGGACAUGGUAUGAGUUUGGAUUGAAAUCGUGCUUCCAUGAAAAUCUGGUGUUACUAUGGAUAAGGGUGGCCCUGGGUGUAGCUCUUCAGAUUUUAUGCAGCUAUAUCACCUUCCCUCUCUACGCCCUUGUAACUCAGAUGGGGUCUCACAUGAAGAAGGCAAUCUUUGAAGAGCAGACAACCAUGGCUCUAAAGAAAUGGCAAAAGGCUGCCAGGGAAAGGAAGAGGUUGAGAAAGGCCACAGGCACAGGCACAGGCAUCCCAUCUAGUUUCAUAAGAGAUGAAAAUAGUACUCCAAGCCAUAGCUUAUCACCUUCACAUUUGCUCCACAAAUACAAUCCCAAGAAUGCCAUGAUGGACCUGGAAAGUACUCUGAGUUCUCCAAGGAGUGCUUACAAUUAUAAUUCUGAGACUGAGUUAUCGGAAAGAGAAGGGCCGGCACCACCAGUUUCCAGUGAUGAUCAUCAUGAACCAAGAAGGCAUAGCAAUCUGCAAAAGUUUGAGGAAACGGACAGUGGGGAUUUCUCGUUUGUUAAGCCUUGAUGGAUAAGAUUAUUGUUCAGAAAUUGUUGCUACAAUUUUUUUUUCUUGUAAAAGAUAUAAACGUAACAGUUAUCACAUGAACAAGUUCCAUAAUCAUGCUUUUUGCUACAAAGGCAUCUGAUUAGGCUCCAUUGUCAAGAGUAAAUGUUUUGUUGGAAUAAUGUUCAAGCUCAUCUUUCAUAUA